AUGGCCACUCUUUUAGGUCCAGUGACAACUUUCCAAGUAGGCGAUAUCGUCUAUGGCUUGGCGCCUUGGCUGCUCGUCUCAGCCGCAGAUGUCAUUGUCCAGUUUGAAAGCAACGGGUUUCUUAACUCUACAACUCGCUGGGUCCUGUUCAUGGCGACCCUCUGGACCAUUCGUAUGAGAUUGUAUCCUGCAGUACGUCGCCGUCAAGACCACUGGUUUAGAGACUUAUGCAGUCACAUUCUGUACGCUUCUUUUGAUGCAUUCGCACUCACGAUUGCUGAUUAUCGUUUCUUCACCAGCAACUGGUGGGAGGCAGUAAAGGCACUCGUGAUCGUCUUUACGUACUUUAGAAUUUAUCACAUCAUCGAACAGGGUCCUACCUUCCCGGAGCCUCCUACAUUACGGUCUGGGGCUAACCCCCCUCGCACUCCACCACCGGCUCCGACCCCUUUCCCCGCCCCUUUCCCUACCCCUACCCGCGUCCCGAUUCCUGCUCCAGCACCCGCUCCAGCUCCAGCUCCAGCUCCUGCUCCAGCUCCUGCUCCAGCUCCUGCUCCAGCUCCUGCUCCAGCUCCUGCUCCUGCCCCCGCACCUGCCCCGGCGCCUGCACCUGCACCUGCACCUGUACCUGCUCCGGCACCUGUACCUGUACCUGCUCCGGCGCCUGUCCCGGCCCCGGCUCCCGCUCCCGCUCCCGCUCCUACUCCUGCUCCCGCUCCAGGUCCCCAGGUCCGACCCCGAAUUCGAUUUCCAGUCGGACAGCAGGGUCAAAAUCAGACACAAACUUGGGCUCAGCCUCAAGUACAAUACCAGAACCAGGGGCAACCUAAGUUUCAACCUCAAGGCCAAUACUCGGUACAACCCAUCCAAUGGGUACCGGCUGGGCCGACGGUAAAGCGCCAGCAAGCGGUACAGCCUCGACCUGUGCAGCUCAAGCAGCCGGAGAUGGAACAAGUGCCGUCCAACGGCGGGUCAUUUACUGCUCGCGCGAUACACACCCUAAAGCCUUCGAAGAAGUAGUUGUCAGUGCCUAAGAGAUAGAGGGAUAUAUGAGUCCUCUGAAUUGUUUUUUUUUUCUUUGUGCGGGAGUUAUCUAUUGCGGCUAGAAAAAGAGAUCGAAAAAUAAACCAAAAAAAAAU